AUGGCUCGCAGGCGGAUUUCAGCCCCCAGAUACUCGGAAAAGCGGAGUACACCUAAGAAGGAAAAGAGCAUUCUUGCAAAUUACGACGCGUGGAUCGAUAGCCUCCUUGAACGUAUUGGGAUCCGGCCGAAGCUGAUAACGGGCCUGGAUGAAUUCCUUACUGUUUUAAUGGCCUUGUUUUACGCAGUUUUUUUCUUCUUCAGGCUCGCGACCCCAUUCUCUUUGCAAGAAACAGGAAUUCCUGCCAUCCCCACGCUGCCUUCCAACAGCACACAUACAAAUCUCACUACCUUUUUUGAGGGUCUCCAAACCACCAAUGAUAAGUACUUUCAGUGCUUUUCUCUGAAAUCUGUCCAUUCAGUAUCAUAUAAAGAAGUCAAUGUCGAUGAUCAGCUCAGUGUUUACAACGGUCAUUUCACACCAGCUCACACAUAUGUUUUUGAUGAUUACGUCAAUAUUCUGAGUGUUUCGGAUGCAAAGCCAAGUAUUUUGGUCGCCAUUCCCACAGAGCAAUCUUCCAGGACAGAAGAGUCUCUCCGCAUUACGCUUGCCGCAGCUGCCGACGCUCUCUGCUCAUCUAGGCUAUCUUCGCGCAGUCUACACAUGGGUGUUGUUCUAGCAGUUGGUCGGACAUAUGCUUCUAUUGAGCACGCGUUUCUGGAAACAUAUGGAAAGGAUGCCUUGAGCUCUGCACUUUCUCUGCGCUUGGAGCCAGGCACUGGCUGGUCGGGUCUCCAAUUUCUUGACUUCUUUUCUGUAAAGGAUGGAGAGGCUUAUCACUUGUUAAGUGCACCUUUACGAAAAUGCAAAAGUUGCAAACAGGGGUUUCUUACCUACUUGUAUGAAUGGAUCCUAGCGAUUAUGGAGCAAAAGAAGAUCAUCUCACUAAAAGCUGCCAACCAACGUAGAACUCAGAUCCAAUCAGCCUCUUAUGGCAAUAAGGACAAUAGAAGAAUCGUGAUUACUUCGACCACUACCGGUGGAUUUAAAGGGACAGAAAUCCUCGUUCCUCCAGAAGGUAGAUGGAAGCGGACUGAAGAUGAUGCGAACACCUUCAGCACCGUCCUGAUAGGCUCUGCCGUGAGAAGCUUGUCAACGUGCAUCGUGGACACGCUUCUUUCAUUACUUACCGCAAUCUCUUCAAAGGCUGAUCUCACUGAGAGCAGCAUGCGUCCCUUUUUACUUGUUACAGGUAGAUCUGUGCAUGUGCCACGCAUGGCCAUACCAGUAGCUUCGGCCGCCACGUUGUUUGUGUUGCUGCAUACAGCGAAGAAAUAUCACCAAGGUAGCAAGAGGCUCCUUAUGAAGCGGCUUUUCAUAGGAAUCUUUUCGCGGCUCUUUGUUAUUGCUUUAACGGCAUCGGCAGGAUAUCUCCUUGUAACGUUUUAUCCUGAUUUUAAUAGCAACUCCAGCGCACUUAAUUUUGUUACAGGUAUGCAUCGCGGUCUGCUGAGUGCCAUCAUCUUAUUUGUAACGGGUGCUUCAAUAACUAUAUGGGGUGUCUUCCCAUUAGUGCCUAUCCCAGUUUCCAUUCUGGAAGGUUCUCUCUUCUUGAUCGUGCUUCAGCCCAUCCUUUUGGCUAUUUCCUCUGCUGCACCAGAGGCCGAUGCUAUGGCACUGCAACUUCUUCAAAUUUCCUUGCUUUCGUGUUCCUCACAGCUCCUCUCAGACGUUCUCCGCAAACGUUUUGGAUUUACAUAUCCUUCGCUGGUACAUGGGAUCACGAUAAUGGGGGCUAUCAUACUAACAUUCCCUACCAUUUAUUACGGCAUUCAUCUAUUGCUCAAUAGCGUUGCACAUUCCAGACUAAUUUGGUCACUCACAGGCGAGGCUACUCGAAGCAUCUUACUCUCUGUGAUUAUCACUUCUUCUGUGGUGUUGGCCUUUGUGUUUGGUCAUGUCGGUGCGUUGAUGAGGAGGGCACCGAUGCGCUUCUUGAUAGGUCUUCUUACGUGUGCUGCAUCCUUUGUUCCUGUAUAUUACUAUUGCAAUCGCCCAAGCAAUGAUCAUUUAAUCAAGAACAUGAAACACGUUCCGGGCGCACUAACUCUACCAACAUAUACUGCGCACACCGACGUGACUUUUUGGUGCUUUGACGAUGAAAAGGCAUGUUCAGUUGAUGUGUAUAAUGGCUUGUACGACAGCAUGGAGCUGUAUGACACUGUUGCUGAAGAUGACGAAAAACAAGGUCAUAGAAUACAGUUCUUUAGUCAGAAUGUCAAUAUUUCCAUUCCCAUGCUAGAGUCCCAUUCGAUAACAUGUGCGUCGGGCAGUUGCACCAGUGACCGUUCCACAGAGAUCGUAGUUAUUUCAAACACCAUUAAUAGGCGAUAUCGCUACAAUAGUCAGCUAGCAUCUGUGAAGAAUAUUACUGGGAUGGUGAGCUAUGUAUGCGAAAGGGUUCCUAUGCGAGUGGAGGAGUCUGUUUAUUGGCGCCGAACCUACAAGGCGUAUAGCUGUUACCACCCGUAG